AUGCGAUUCAGCCCUGGUCCAGGUCCUUUGGAGGGGUUUCGCCAGCAGCUCAUCGAUCUGCCUGAUUAUCCUCACUGGAUGGACCAGGUUGCUGAGAAUAUUCGCGGAGAUUUUCACUUCACCAGCACGUGCGGCACUCCGUUUGGGAUUCUCUAUACACGCAAAGAUGAAGGUCGCGGCCGUGUCUACCACAUGCUGAACACCAACAGUACGACAAGUGCCAGCAGCGACCGAUGGGUUCUGACGAGCAACCCCAGGAAGCUCGAGCCGGACGAGUCACGAGACAUCGUUUGCAUAUUCCCUGAAGACUUUGUCCACUUCGUAGAAGUUGCCGAUCAACAAGCGCCUCGGGAACUUCCUGCCACGCUACCAGGCGUGUGGAUGCCUCUGAAGUCAGACUACCGGCUUACCAUCUCCGACCGCGAUUCAGCUCUUGCGGUUCGGUUCAGUAACCUGGCAGAGCAGUCAGCCAGCCAGGGCAACUGCAACUUUUUGACUCCGUCCAUUUUGGUCAGAUUUGACAACACAGACAUGCACUAUCCUGUCAAGUCGCUCCCUGCGCAAUGGACGACUUCUUUGCAUCCCACCAAUAACGGUGAUGAACCCUGGGUUCCAGUUGCGAACCAUGAAGUCAAGGAUGCCUUGGCCUUGUUCUCCUCCGCCGUCAACAAAAUCAAGAGAACUUCUGAAUACUCCGACCAGAUCCGCAGUCUGAAUGUCCGAAACAUUCCACUGGAUGCAAACAACCCGUGUCACAGUUGCUCACCUGAGCCAGCCAAGGUUCUUCAUCGCUGGGACGAGAACGGCAACAUCGAGCGCGUCGAAGAUGAGCAAAUGGCCGCACAGACUGAACGAGAUCUGCGGCAGCGACCGGCCCCAUACGAGAUUCAGGCCUGGCUAGAUCCAGACGUUGGAGGCGCCGGUCGGUUGAGCAUCCUCAGCUUCAGAAUCCUCCUCGGACCCGUUGCACUUGCGCAUCGAGCACUCGGUCACUUUCCCAAAGACAAGGACCUCAUGUCGACCUUUCUCCGUUCAACUCAAGGAACUGGCACUUUUGAUGUUCAAUUUGAGUUCUGGGACCCGAGUCUGAAGGAGUUGCGCCCGUUCAAGGAGAGCCUAGCCCCUGUCAGAGAGGGCGACUUCCCCUUGGACGUUGCGAGGCAACCCCCCAGCUUUGCUCGCAACGGCAUGGCUUUACGACGUGAUCAAUUGGAGGCUGUAAAGUGGAUGCUGAAGCGGGAACACGCCAACGACACAUUCAUCGAGAAGGAAUUCGAAGAGUGUCUCCUGCCGUCGGUCAAUGUGCGUCUGCAUGCAACGGCCAGCAUAGAGAAGCUCGCGCGUGGCGGCGUUCUGGCGCACGACAUUGGCUACGGCAAGACUAUCGUUACGCUUGGUCUUGUUGACAUCUCCACCGCCAAUCCUGAUAAUGAAGCCAGCUCCAUUCGGGAUCGGACGAUGUGGCUGGGCGACACCAGUCUCAUCCACCUCAAGGCGACAUUGGUUAUCGUCCCACCUCACAUUGUUGGCCAGUGGGCCAACGAGGCUGCGAAGUUUAUUGGAGUUGAUUCGAGACGUCACGGAAAUGGCCCUCUCACCAUUCACGUUAUCAUGAGACCUACGGAUGUCGUGCGAGAGAAACUGAUCGCGGCGGACAUCAUUAUCGUCAGCAGCACCUUCAUCAGUUCGGACAAGAAUAUGGAGAAGCUUGCAGCGGUGUCUAAGCUUCCGCCUAUCUACCACAAAAAGUCUUCCCUCAAGGGCCGGGACCACAAUGACUGGUACUACGAGGCCGUCGAGACCAUUCGACACUCAGGUUUUGACUUCGCCAACCCGGACAGCAUGAGCAGGAUGCAGCUCAAUACCGUUCUGCAGGGUCGACGUGAUACUACAAACGACUGGACCCAGCAGGCCGUAGAAAACAACGUGGGCCCUAGCGACCGAAAGACCCAACAGACUGCGCGAACAACUUCCAAGAAGAAAGUAUCGGGCCCGAGAUCUAGCGCCAAGGCCAAACCUGUUGUUUCCAUCGACAUACUGGAUGUCUUCAAAAAGGCCGAGCUUCUCGAGAUGUAUACCUUCCAGCGAGCCGUUCUCGAUGAGUUCUCAUACGAAAACACCCCUGUUACUACUUUCUUCCAGAACGCCGUUGCUUCAGCGAAAUGGGUUCUGUCCGGAACACCCCCCACGGCCGACCUUGGUCGGAUUUGCGAGAUCGGCAAGCUGAUCAAUGUCCACGUUGCUCGCGCUACGCCCUCUAUGCCGGCUUAUUUCCCGAACGUUACGAAUGGACCCCGAAUUUCAGAGCAGACCGACGCGGAGAAGUACUACAGCUACACAGAGCCCCUUUCUGCGCAGCUUGCUAUCGAGCGCCAUGAGCAGGCACAUCGCUUUGUUUCGCACCUCUUCCGCAAAAACAAGACGGAUGUAGACAAUCUGCAAGUCGAAGAAUACAUGUGCUUUACUCCCAUGCAGCCACAGGAGGCCUUUGUCUACCACCUGGUGCAGCAGCUGCUCUACGACGCCAAGUUCGAUGUCCAAGACAUGUCAUGCCACUUCGCGCUGUUGGUACAGGACCUGCUGAACAAAGAGAAGGCGGCCGGCUCUGGAUUGAAGGUCAAGGCCUCGGGAAAGUCGCUCUGGUCUGACGCCAUUGAUGCCCUACUUUUGCUUUCGUCCACUUCCGUCUCGUACAGCCAUUCUGGCCUUCAAGCCAUGAAAUGGAUCGGUGAAACGGACGAGCUUACUCUCAGUACACUGAGUUCACGCGCGUGCCGCGCAACUGCCAUGUACGUUGACCGUUGCUCCCAGAUAUUGGCCUCGCAGUUCGACCAGAUGGUCUAUCUUGCAAAUCUCAUCGAAAAGGACGACACUGAGCGCACUGCCACCUGGAAGGCCAAGCAAGAAGCAUACAUGGGCCAUAUGAGAGACAUCAUCGACAUAUUCAGGCAUGAUAAGGCGGAAGCCGUUGGCGACCGGCAAUGCCUCGUCUACAUCAAGAACGCCAUUAUUGACAAGGUCUCCCGCCCAGGAGGCCCAUACAAUCCAUCGGCGAGACGCGAUAUUUGGGAUAUCAAGACCUGGGCGGAGGAGGACGGUGGCCCUGCAGUCUUCGGUCCUGCCGAUUGGUGGCUUCUGAAAAAAGACGACGAUCUAUCCGUGGAGGAGCUCAAGACUCUCGUGCACCGCUGGGUUGAUUCCGCGGUCGAUGGCCAUGUCAACACAAAGGACGAUGCAAUCCGAAUCAUCCGAGCGAAGCAGCUCGACCCCAGCCAGCGACUCCACCAAGCGAUGGCACUCGGUAUUGGAUUAAAGAAAAACGACGUGGUUGACGACGCUCUUGUUCGUCUUGAGAAGCAUCUGGAUGGCAGCCUCGCAAAGGACGACUUUGAGUUUGGCGUAAAAUUGCCUCACCACCGACCCCGCAAGGGCCGAAAGGUCAAGCCCAGAGGACAGGAAAUCGAUGAGACACUCAACUGCUUCAUGCUGGUUAUCCAAAGCAUUCAAGCCGGCAUCAAGACCACGGUUGAAGCCUGGCGGCACCAAAUCUUCGUUUUGAAAGAAGACUGCCUUCAAAAAAAGCAGUUCAACGCCCACGACAAUCUUCCUCUCAAGUGCUUUGGAUGCCGCGACAUCAUCAAGGAAGCGCAGCGUGGGCUCCUGUCCAUCGCCUGUGGCCACACACUCUGCGCCAGUUGCCACGGUAAUUUUCAGGAUGGUGGUGCUCGCGUCUGCCCUGUUGAAGGUUGCCAGGCAUUUAGCCAGGGGUCAUUUGCGCCCUGGGAUACAUUGUUGGCCAAGGGCAACAACGAAAUCGACACAGAUUUGGAAGCAGUGCCGAGUUCCAAGAUUCUGGAGAUUGAGAACAUCAUUCUUGACGAGGUCGGAGAUGACGAGAAGGUUCUCAUCUUUGCUGCCUAUGCCGGCAUCAAGUCAGAAAUCCAUACCCAGCUGUUCGACGGUGUAGACGAUUCUAUCGGAGUUUACAUGACGGAUGGUGGAGACCAAGACUCUCAAACCAUCGACUCCUUCAAGAAACACCAAGGAAAAGCCGUUCUAAUCCAGAGCCUCAUGUCCUCAGAGUCUGCCGGAACCAACCUGACCGAGGCCAAUCAUGUGAUCUUCGCCGGUGUUCUCUUCACGGACUCGGAUAACUACACGAUGUACAUGAACCAGGCCAAGGGCCGCGUGAUUCGACAAGGCCAGACCCGCAAGGUGGCCAUAUACCACCUCGUAUCGCCGGGAACGUUGGAGUUCGACAUUUUCAAUCAGAGACAGGGCGGCCGAAUCCGCGAUUGGGGCCACCCACAUGGCCGGAUCCGCCUUCCGGUCUCAGACGAUGCUCGUGUCGAUCCGGCAUACCCCCUACGAUACCGCCCUUAUCUUGAGGAGUCCGCAGUUGAUAAGCUUCUUCGAUCCGUCGAGUUUGAAGAGUUUGAGGGCUAA